GUGUUAUGUAUAUGUAAUUUAUAGAGUUGUAGAUUGAAUAUAAGAGGUUAUUUUUGCAGAUGAGCUCGGUGAGUGUGCCGUUACAUUCUAUUUUCCUGCGCGCCAAACACUCCCUUAAACGUCCUUAAGAUAAAAGGAAAAUUCAUAACAAAGAGAGAAAAUAAGCAGGGAAAGAAAGGACAGGCGUGAUAGCCCCUCGGAUAAAAUCCAUCCUUCCCUUACCGUAUUUGGUCUCUCUACUCUCUCUCUAUUUGAGUGUUGAGAGAUAAAGUAUAAGCAGAUAUGCUACUGGGUACAAGAUUGAGCUUCUGUCUCUUCAUCUGCUCUUAAAGAUAAUGAGCAAAGGGUCUUGUGUCUUCUUCUCAGAAGAAGAUGGCUUUACAAGAAGAAGAAACACAGCUGCAAAACCCUGCAAUUUCUUUGCUGCUUGAUGGUCUCUACUGUGAAGAAGAGCCUGUUGAUGAAGAUUUGGGAGGGUAUGGUUAUGAAGAAGAGAGUGGGAAUGUGAAGGAACCUUUGGUUUUAUCGGAACGUGAUCUGUUUUGGGAAGAUGAUGAGCUUGUUUCUCUAAUCUCCAAAGAAAUACACACCCAUUUGGGUCAGAGAGGUUUGGAAUUUAAUGGAUCUAUAAUUGUGGCAAGAAGAGAGGCUGUUGGGUGGAUGUUAAGGGUCAAUGCCCACUAUGGUUUCACUGCUAUGACUGUUGUUUUAGCCGUUAAUUACUUUGAUAGGUUCGUAUCAAGCUUUUGCUUCCAGAGAGAUAAGCCAUGGAUGAGUCAACUCGCUGCUGUUGCUUGUUUGUCUUUAGCUGCCAAAGUCGAGGAGACCCAAGUGCCUCUUCUCUUAGACCUGCAAGUGGAGGAUUCAAAGUAUGUGUUUGAAGCAAAGACUAUUCAGAGAAUGGAGCUUCUGGUGCUCUCUACUCUUCAAUGGAAGAUGAAUCCAGUGACCCCACUCUCUUUCUUUGAUCACAUUAUAAGGAGGCUUGCAUUGAAGUCUCAUUUGCAAUUGGAGUUUCUAUGGAGGUGUGAGCGCCUUCUUCUUUCUGUUAUCAAUGAUUCAAGGUUUGUUUGUUAUCUUCCGUCCGAGUUGGCUACUGCUUCAAUGAUACAUGUUAUCAAAGAGAUUGAGCCUUGUAAUGCAUUGGACUACCAGAAUCAAUUUAUGGCUUUCCUUAAAACUAGCAAGGAGAAAGUGGAUGAUUGCUAUAAACUCAUCCUGGAACUAUUAGGGGACCCUGGUUGUAAGCACUACCAAACCCACAAACGCAAGCACCAGUCUAUACCAGGCAGCCCAAAUGGUGUUUUUGAUGCAUAUUUCAGCUCCGAUAGCUCAAAUGAUUCUUGGGGUUUGGCAUUGUCGGUUUCGUCAUCUCCUGAACCUCUGUUUAAAAAGAGCAGAGCUCAGGACCAGCAGAUGAGGUUGGCUCCAUUAAAACGUGCGUCUGUUCGUGUGUUUGGCAGCCCUCGUUGAUCUUUCAGUCUCUAAUUAUCUCCUUUUUUUUGGCCAUGGUACUAUACAAACUCUCUCUCUAAUGUUAAUUGCAGUACAUGUUCUUAAGGUGCAAUUAUAUUGUAUUCAAUGAUAUGUCACUGUAAUUCUGGCCUAAUUUAUGUGAUGGAGCGUAUAGAUAUAUAUAUAUCAAACACUUACACCACUACAUCUUUUACUGCGCGUGGAGGGUUGGAAGAGGGAUGAGUAAAGCUUUCCUUAAGUUGCAUUUAUAAUGCUCCUACUAUGUCCUGCAUUUUGAGAUCAUAAUAAUUUGACAUAGUUAUCAAUGGAUAUAAAUGCAAGACGUCCUAUUUGUAUGUA